UUCACGCAUGCGCUUUGUAAGUCUACGUCAGCUCUUCGCUGUUCUCUCGUUACCAAGCUGUGUAAAGGCUACGUGGCUUUUUCUUGUCUCCAGAUUUAACGCGACGUCGUUUGUAGAGAAGAUACCAGAUCAAAGGCCAUGGAUCAAGUGAUGCAGUUUGUUGAGCCGAGCCGGCAGUUCGUCAAAGACUCUAUAAGGCUCGUAAAGAGGUGCACAAAACCCGACAGAAAAGAAUUCCAAAAGAUUGCCAUGGCCACAGCAAUUGGGUUUGCCAUCAUGGGUUUCAUUGGUUUCUUUGUCAAGCUCAUCCAUAUCCCCAUUAACAACAUCAUUGUGGGCGGCUAAAUUUUUGUGAAAUAAACUCGUGCUUCAAUAUUGCUGGAGGGAGAAUGGUGCAAACUUUUGUUGGACUGGAGUGACAGGGGACUGAAGGGAUGGCAUUUUUACAUUCUGUGCAAGACAUUUAUAUUUCAUUGUGUAAAUAAAAAGAAGAGGAGA